UAUACGUUGCAGUCGCGUUUCCCACAGCUCUGCAAACAAACAGCACGGUUCAUUUGACCGUAACGUGAGCGCGUGUUGUGGACGAAGUUUCGAUCGCUCCGAAGCAAAAGGAGAAGUUACACAAGAGGAUCUGCGCGUGGAGGCGGAGAGAAACGGAAGAGGAAACGCGCGCGGACACUGCUGCUGCGACACCGGAGCUUUCAGCAUCACAUUCUUCUCACUACAGCAGCGUUUUAUUUUCUUUUUGAUUCCAAAGCCGUUCGUGAAUUGUUAAAGAGAGCGACGCAUUGCAAGAAACGCUAUUUAAUUUGAAGGCGCGCGUCGUUUGGUAACUUUACGCACGCGAUAGCCAGCCCUGUAACGGGACAACUGGCUUCAACUCCAUCAAACUUUACUGGCUGAAGUUUUAACGCCAUGUUUCGCUUCGUUUUCCACCGCCGUUUGGAUAUCGCGAUGUUUGGAUAGCGCAGUCGCCAAACGGGGCGCAGGGGAAAGAAGUAAGAAGCCCGUUAUAUUUGGGAUUUUUAAAAAGUUUUUUUUCUUAAGACAAGUUCAAGCCAGCGCCUCUUCCUGCGAGACACUGCGCCGAAUGGACGCCCACGUAAAGGAGGGACAGCUGUACGUCCAGCAUCAGAAGUUUGGGAAGAAAUGGAAGAAGAACUGGUUCGUCCUUUAUCCUGCCAGUCAGAAUGGCAUCGCCCGCCUCGAGUUCUUCGAUUCGUCGGGGUCUGGGGGCGGCUUCUCGGGAGGCUCGGGGGCCAAUGAGAAGACUCGAAAACUGGACAAGAAGAUCAUCCGUCUGUCCGAGUGCAUCUCCAUCCUGCCCGCGCUCACCGAGAACUGCCCCAAAGACAACAUGUCCGCCUUCUGUGUGGAGACCAAUGACAAAACGCACGUGUUCUGUGCGGAGAGAGCCACGGCCAAAGAGUGGAUGGACACCAUGUGUGACAUCGCCUUCCAGGGAGGAGGGGGCAGUGCUGCUCCUGAGCCCAGCCCUCCAGCUCCAGACCUGCAGAUGUCUGAGAACCUCAUCUACUACUCCAGAGAGGAGGUGGAUGAGUUCUGGGUGAGUGUCCAGCGCACAGAGGCCUCAGAGCGCUGUGGACUGGCCGGCAGCUAUUGGCUCAAAGCCGAAAGCGAUGUCCUGAUCCUGAAGGAGCCAAAGACCAAGAGGACCGUCCAAGUGUGGCCCUACAAGCUGCUCAGGAGAUAUGGCCGAGACCGGGUGAUGUUCUCCUUUGAGGCUGGCCGUCGCUGUGACUCGGGGCCUGGAAACUUCACCUUUGACACCAAACAGGGCAACGAGAUCUUCUCCCUGGUGGACCAGGCUAUCCGCUCCCAAAAGGCUUUGGCUGAGGAGAGGCGGCUCAGCUGUAACCAAGAGGAGGGGCCCUCGUCUCUACCGUUCCUGCGCAGUGGGGACAACAGCAGCACCAGCAGCAGAGAGGCCGACGGGGACUCAGGGGGGAGCAAACCGGGCUCUGCUGAUGGAGUCCUGAGCCGCAGGGAGGGGGCAGAGGGAGGAGCUAAAGCGGCCACAGUAAAUACUCUGAAGGGGCGGGGCCUACCAGACACGCCUGCCAUGUUGGGCACUCCGCCCCGCUCUCCCCGCGGUCGGGCAGCAGGGGGCGGCGAUGAGCAGACAGGGCUGUACUCUGAGCCUGCAGACUGUGUGCGCCCCCUACAGGCCAAUGACUCUCUAUAUUCUGACCCUGUGGACAGCAUCAAGGCUCAGGGCCCCGCCCCCUCCACCUCCACAACUCCUGAUCUCUACUCCUACGUAUAUGACCACAUCACCAUGGACAUGAGCCACAAGACCAGCGCGCUCAGCCUGAACGGAGCAGCCAAGAGCACCGCCGCAGGUCAGGAGGCAGUACUGCACGAGCACAUAUACGAUGAACCUGAGGGCUGUGCCAAAAGUACUUUACCAAAGACUAUUUAUAACGAGGCCACUGCGCCCUCAAUGGGCACCGGCCGAGCCCUGCUCAAAGGGCCCAAGUGGGCCAAACCCCUCACGGCUCCUAAACCUGCUCGUGGUGCUCGUAAAGAGCCCGUCCCUCCCUCGGGAAAGUUCUCCAAUGUGAACAAUAACAACAGUGUGAGGGCAGGGGGCAGUGGGGAGCUGUACAGCAGAGUGUCCAAGAGGCGCUCCUGCUACAGCCAGCAGCAGCAGAGAGCCGAGCGGAGACCAGACCUGAUCUACGACAACCUGGGAGACAUCUGAACCUUUUGCUUACAGACAGUCCUAAUGAUGAGUUAGACACUAUGACAUUGAAUGGCAGGAGCAUCUGUGUCAGGUGCUGCUCCUGUCGGCUCUUCUCUGCCCCGCCCCCUCACAUGGACCUCUGUGGACAGUGGGGCAGUGUGUGGGGCAGAUGAUCAUGUGACCAGCCUUUGCACAGAGACGUGUGUGUAGGACAUGUCCCCAUGUGAAGAAUGUGAAGACAUAUGUUUGUAUGAGCCGUGCAGUAAUAAAAGGCAGAAAGCUCAAA